UCGCCCUUGCGUCCAGAUGUAAUCUUGACAACAUUAGCCUCGCCAUCAAAACUUUGUGAUAAGCUUAGGGCUAUUUGUUGUGUUUAUGCCACACACACCCCGAGUACGCUUCGUGAUGACGUUGCCUGCUGCUAAGUGGUACAGACAUUCCAAAUCUGGCUCGAGCGUGACCGUGUAUCAGAUCUGAUGUUUGUUGGUGCACCAUUUUUAGAGUCCGGUCGAUCAUUUCGGAUGAACCAUAUAAGUAUAUGUGCUUGUCCUUCCAUGGCCGUCCAACAACUAUUUUUGACUUUGUUUGCAUCGGUCUGGCAUACAUAUGAACUUUGACUCUACAGCCCUGAAAAGUUUACUGUAUCAGCCUUCUUCUGGAGAGAUAAACGAAAGCACCGCACCAGCCGCAGCCGCCGCACAAUGGUGGGCUGGAGCACCUAGCUGUGCGCAAUCUUGCCUUUCCUCUGCUUUCGGUGACCGCGCGACUAGCACCUCAUCAGUCGACUGGCCAUCACAGACCGACUACUGUGACUCAAGCCGCGCUUCAGUCAUUGGCAGCUGCCUUUCUGCCAGCUGCUCUGCCACACCAAGCGCCUGGUCUUCUUACUCUUCUCUUUCCACAUCCCUUUGCUCCCAGUGGUCCUCCUGUUCUUCUGCCGGCAGCACGGGCGUCCGGACUAUCACCUGCCCUGGCGGCUCUGUGUCUUGGGGCGCGCCUGGCGGCUGGUCAACAGGGAGUGCAGGUUCGUGGGGUCCUCGCGGCGGCGCUGGCGGUGGUCCAGGGGGCUGGGGCUGGAGCGGCGACAACGACGGCGACAACUCGCUGUGGUCCCAGUGGGCCUCGGCCUACAGCGGCUCGCAGACCUGGACCGGCGGCGUCAUCACCGUCACGGGUUGCGCCGGCGACGGCUCGCCCUGGUACGCGGGCCCCGGUGGCGGCUGGAACAACCACGGAGGUUUCAACGGCUGGGUCGGUUGGGGCGCCGGCUGGUCGAGGGGCCCCUCGAGCACCGCGACCGUCACGUACACCACGACGGCCAGCAGCAGCGGCGGUACCGCUCACACGGCUGUUGUCACCGGACAGGCGGUGAUCGUCGCGGCGGUGAGUGGCGAUGUCACGACCACGCAGACGCUGGGUGCGGUGACGGGAGUGGGAACGGCCUCGGCGACAGCCACGCCCAACACUGCGCCUAGGCCAGCGGGCAGCAGUGGCAACGAUGGGGGUGUCAUAACCGGGAUGAUGGGACUCGGACUGGGUGCUGUCGUGGGAAUCGCCUUGAUGCUGUAAGGGGAACUACUUACACGACAGAUUUUGUUUCUUACUUUCUUCGAAUCUGAUCAUGACGUAUGCUCUUCACCAGUCUAGGGUGUUUCUAACCGGCAUAUUGUGAAAAGUUUGUGGGUGAACUAGGGGAU